UACCUGUGUGAGUAAAACAUAUAGUAGAUCGCAUGGACGAUGUAUUGUCGUAUAUAUACACUGCAGCAGUUUUUCUUUGAAAGUAAUGAAAGCUGUAAUUAAUAAGCAUAUGACAGUAAUAAUAGUUUAUCAGGUGAUCUGUAAUUAAAAGCAUAAAAGGAAUACAAUUUGGAGACAUAUCCAAACAUGUAUGAAUAUAAUUCAGAAAGUCAGAUAAGACCAGAGGUGCAACAAUGGUUUGCCUUAGUUGACAAAGAUGGAAGUGGUAGAAUUACAGCAACUGAGUUACAAGCUGCUUUAGCAAACGGAAAAGGUGGAACAUUUUCAGAAUCAGCUUGCAAAUUGAUGAUUAAUAUGUUUGGUCAUAAACAAAAUGGUACUAUAGAUGUAGUAGAAUUUCAAGAUGUGUUUAAAUAUAUAAAUUCUUGGAUUGACUUUUUACGUAGUAUUGAUCUUGACAAUUCUGGAAGUAUACAGGAAAAUGAAUUAAAUGAAGUAUUAAUAAAAAUGGGUUAUAAAGUUAGUCCUAAAUUUGUACAAUUUCUUAUGCAAAAAUGUGAUCCUGGUAAUUGUCAAAGUAUGAGUGUCGAUCAAUUUAUUGUUUUUUGUAUUCAAUUAGACAAAUUUACAGGUGCAUUCAAAGCUAGAGAUACAGAUAGAAAAGGAAGUAUUUCUAUUGAAUUUGAAGAUUUCUUGACAAUAGCGCUUGAUUGUAGCUUUUACUAAAUAUAUUAUUAAUUAUAAUUAACACAAAUUGUUAAUUGGCUAUUAUAUGCAAAAAAUAAUGCUUUAUAUUGACUGUGUCCAUGAUUAAAUUAAAAUUGUUAUUAAAAUAUUAAAAAUUUAGAAAAAUAUCACAAUUAAAAAAAUACUAUCUAUAUAGUAAAAAAUAUUAUAAUAACGAUUUAGACAAUUUUAUAUUUUAAUAAUUACAUAAGCUAUAUCCAUGUGCAAACACGAAUAUACUUAUCGGUCAACAAUGUGUUAAAUUAAUUUUAAGCCUAAUUGUAAACAUAAUUUUUCUUUUUAAUAAUUUAUGUUACUUACUCUAUAUUAAGGUCUAUAUUAUUUAAAUUCAUGUUUUCUCUAUGAAAAAAUGUAAUAAAAAAUAUCUAUAAUAUUAAUUUUAAAUUCAUAUUCUACGAUCAGCAUCUAGAUUCAUAUUGUUUUCUAACAGUGCCAUCUAUAAAAGAUAUUUUUAAAUUUAUAUUUUAUUUUAAGAUGUACCAUCUUAAGUGCUUUACAUUUUGACUAAAUUUUUAAGAAGAUUUUUACAAGUACAUAGUAUUAGUAAUUUAGUUUGUAAUAAGUGUGUAAUAUCAAUAUUUUAUUUAAAAUUUGAUUAAAUGUGGUGUCGAAAUGAUCCCUGAUCGUGCGUCAAAUUACGAUUUUAUCGAUAUUUUAAGCAAUGGAAUCUUCACGCGAAAUAAUUUUUAUACAUAAAUCAUUGUUUAAUUUAUGCAUAUUAUAUAUAAUAACUGAAACAUGUACCUUUCUGAAUUAAUUUUCAAAAUAGUACCUCAAAUGACAAUAUAAAAUUUUAUAUAUAAAAUAGAAAUAUUCAUCUGCAUAAAAUGGAGAUUGAUAUCACAUGACAAUUUAAUCAUUUAUAUAUGAUAAAUUUAUGUAAUUAAGCUUUAAUAUUAUAUUCAGUAAAUAAGUGUAAUAUAAGAUUCUCUGUUUAGGUAUUCUGAAGAUCCAAUUAAAUAUGAAUCAGAUCCACAAAAUCAUGUAUCCAUGUCAAUAUGGACAAAACAAGCUCGAAAAAGAAUACAGGAAUAUGCUAGACUCUGGAGGGCUAGACAUAUCUUAGAUGCUAUUUCUUUUAUAAAUGAAUUAUUUGUUGAUAGUUCAGAAGUUGAAAUAUUGAGUCUUGUUAAUGUAAUCGCAAGAAGGUUAAAAUUUUUAGGUGUACCAGAUUCUUCAGAAAACAAGCAAUGUGAUGUUUCUAAUAAUGACAAAAAAUUAUUUCUAUUAAAUCAAGGACACAGUGGUAUUUAUCAUUGUUGCACAUUUUGUUCAAGUGGUGGAAAAAAAGAUGUUGUUUGUGCCUGUGGGGGAAGAAUGCCAGGUGGGUAUCGUGGAUGUGGACAUGGACAUGUUGGUCACCCUGGUUCGAAUCAUUGGUCCUGUUGUGGAUCGCUCUUACGCAAUGGACGUUGUUUAAUAACUCGACGAUAUAAAUACCAGUUUUUACUUUAAUACUUACCGUGUGUCCUGUCUAUGUCUGUCUGAAAAUAUUAGCUGCAAAUACUUAUAGUAGAUAAUAUUAUUACAUAAAUUACUAUAUAUGUUUUAUGUAAAUGUACAAAUAAAUAUUAUUUUCAUUGUAA